AUAAAUAUUGGAUGUCAUUAUUUAAAAUUAUAAUCGUAACUGGCACGUUCGCGAUGGCACGUCUUUUAGCUCUAUCUUUGCUGUUUCUUGCAGGUGCUUGCUAUGCAUCUAAUAGAAUUGUUGGUGGAAACCCGACUACCAUCGAGCAGUACCCUUGGAUGCUGCAGGUGGAAGGCCAGGUGAUCUGGAGCGGAGCUUGGGUCCAGUUCUGCGCUGGCAACAUCUUGAAUCAAGCAUUUGUACUGUCUGCAGCUCACUGUUUUGAUGGACCGCUCUACGCACCACAUCUCCGUCGUGUGAGGGCUGGCACUACUUAUCAAGAAACUGGUGGAGUCCUAGCCUACGUGGAUACAGUAUUUAACCACCCAAGCUACGGCUUGAUUGGUUACGACGGUGACAUCACAGUCGUCAGGCUGUCGAACUUCCUCCCUCUGACCCCGGUCAUCCAGCAAGCCACUCUCAUCUACCAAGGAGCUGUCAUCCCCGACAAUGUUCCAGUUGUUCACGCAGGAUGGGGAGCGAUUGCGCACAAUUGGAUAGAUUCCGAAGUUCUCUUGGACGUCCAAAUCUACACAAUCAACAAUGACCUAUGCCGUGAACGUUACGAGAUGCUCGACGAGCCUUGGUACGUUGUGACCGAGAACAUGAUUUGCGCUGGUGUCUUGGACGUGGGAGGCCGCGACGCCUGCCAGGGUGACUCUGGUGGCCCUCUCUACUUCCAAAACAUUCUCAUCGGAAUAGUAUCCUGGGGACAUGGCUGUGCUAACGAGACCUUCCCUGGAGUCAGCACUUCUGUAGCGUCAUACGUAGACUGGAUCGUGGAGACUGCCGUUUUGUAAACUUCUUAAGUUAAUAAAUUAUCUGAUCUAAGUUGUGUGUUAAUAACCUACCUACCUAUAAAAUGCACAUAAAGUUUUUUGGAAACUAGA